CCAAAUCGUUCGGCGUUCGGUACUUGUCUGAUGUGUGUAGAUGAGAUACAUUGUUUCUUUAUCCACUUCGAGUAGCGUAACUAGUAACUAUUUUAUUUCUUUAAUUCUAUUUAUUGUGUCAUUUUGUUAUUCUUGAUGAUCAACAGAAGUACAAGGGAAGUUAUCAAGGGCAUUUCUAGACGUUAUUAACUCUCUAUAACGCGUCCUACAGUUGUCUUUGGGAAUGAAGGCUAAGAUGGCGGCAUAUGUAUUCGCCUUCCUGCUCCUGUGCGUGGACGUAUGCAUGGUGAAAAUCUUCGGAGCGACCCAGCUCUCUGCUCUGCUCGUUCCUCAUUCGUUUAGCAGUCUCUGGGGCGGAGGACUGCUGAGGUUCACCAUCCUCCUCCUCGUCACCUUUUUUUACCCGUCGAGCCCGGACUGGAUGAAGAGCUCUAACGGGGUCCAGAUUGUGGCCGUUCACAGUUUGGUGUAUCCGGUGUACGUCACACUGCUGUGGGCAUGCGGCUGGUCGACGCUGGAGCUCACCUGGAGCUGGCACACCUGGCAAGCACUGCUUCAGAGUUACGUUGUUUCAGCACUCUCGCUGCUGCUGUGGGAACGCUACGUGCCCUCCGUCCUGACAAAAAAAGAGGUCAAACCCAAGGCGAAAAACCAGGCCUCUCUGCAGAGGCUGCUGGGAUACAUGAGGCCGUACCGGCGCCGGUUUACGGCGGUCCUCCUGUUCGUGGUCGCUUCCUCUCUCGGUGAGAUGGCGAUCCCGCAUUACACGGGUAAAAUCACCGACUGGAUCGUGAAGGAGGACGAGCCUGACGCUUUUGCAAACGCCAUCAAAAUCAUGUCGAUCCUGACUGUCAUGAGCGCCUUCUUUGAGUUUGUGUGUGAUCUCAUCUACAACACCACCAUGAGCCUCAUACACACCGCCAUCCAGAGUCAGGUGUUCGAGUGUGUGCUGAAACAGGAGAUCGCCUUCUUCGAUAAAGCUUCCUCAGGUGAACUCGUGUCGCGAAUCACCAAAGACACCAACGACAUGAGCGAGUCCCUGAGCGAAGAGCUCAGCCUGCUUAUGUGGUACAGCAUGCGGUUAGUCUUCCUCUACGGCUCCAUGAUGCUCCUCUCCGUGCGCCUGUCCAUCUUCACCGUCCUCGGCCUUCCUAUCAUUUGGAUCGUCCCGGAGCUUUCUGGAAGCUUCUACCAGACUCAUGCGGUGAAAGUGCAGGAGUCUCUUGCCAAAUCGAACAGCAUCGCCACCGAGACGUUCUCCUCCAUCAAGACAAUGAAAAGCUUCGCCAACGAGGACGGAGAGUCUGAGAGAUACAAGACAUGCUUGGAGCACACCUACUCCCUGAACAAAGUGGAAGCAGCUGGUUAUGCCGCAUCAACUUGGACCAACAGCAUGUCCAGUCUAGCCUUGAAAGUGAGCAUCCUGUACUACGGAGGCCAGCUGGUGGCAGGCAAUGACGUCAGCAGUGGUGACCUGGUGUCUUUCGUGCUGUACGAGCUCCAGUUCAGUCAGGCUGUCGAGGCUAUGAUGUCCUAUUACCCUCGCGUGAAGAAAGCCGUCGGCGCCUCCGAGAAGAUCUUCGAGUACGUGGACAGGAAGCCUGAUGUUCCUCCUGAUGGCUCCCUAGCUCCCGAGACACUUAGUGGUCACGUGCGCUUCAACAACGUCACUUUCGCGUAUCCGACGAGACCGGACGAGAAGGUUCUGAAAGGCAUUUCUCUGGAGCUGAAGCCGGGAGAGAUCACCGCUCUGGUGGGUCCAGCCGAUGGAGGAAAAAGCACGAUAGUCAGGCUGCUUGAGAGGUUUUACCAACCCCAGGAGGGCACGAUCUUUCUGGACAAGGAGCCGCUGCAGUGCUACAAGGACCAAUAUCUGCAUGAGAAGAUCAGCGUGGUCGCCCAGGAGCCCGUGCUGUUUGCCCGCUCCAUCAAGGAGAACAUCAAAUACGGGAAAGCAGACGCCACCGAUGAAGAGGUAUACGCUGCUGCUAAACUGGCCAACGCACACAAAUUCAUCAGUGACUUUCCAGAAGGUUACGACACCGAUGCCGGUGAAAAAGGUGGAAAAGUGUCCGGGGGUCAGAAGCAGCGAAUUGCCAUAGCGAGAGCCAUGAUCCGAAACCCAAAGAUCCUCAUUCUGGAUGAUUCCACGAGCGACCUGGAUGCUGAGAGCGAGCACACGGUUCACCAGGCGCUCCUGAGGAAGUCUAACGGUCGCUCCGUGCUACUCAUUACCAACAAGAUGAGCGGUGUGGAGAUGGCCAACACGGUGGUGUUCCUGCGGAUGGGAGAGGUGCUGGAGCAGGGCAGCCAUGACGAUCUGCUGCAGAGGAACGGCCCGUACGCCGAGUUUGUACGUCUGCAGAACACCAGCUUCCAUCGUAACGCACAGGAAGACAACGAAACCUCUAGCUCAUAAGUAAUGAUGUGUAUUUAACACCCUGUAAAACCAUCCUACACCUCAGAAUUGACUGUAAGCCGAUAUGCAUAUCUUAAUAUGUUGCAUGGUGCACUCUUUAUUUUAUGAGAAAAUGAUCGAAGAUGAAGGAAUUGCAAUUCUGAAUAAAUAUGCCAGUAUUCACAAGAUUCGCAUAAGAGGUCGCAUAGCAUCGUGACAUCACGCAUAAACAUUUAGCAUGGUUAUGUUUAGAUCGACAUUUACAUACAAAAUACAUAGAUGAUUAUUUUAUGAAAUAAAAUGUGAUAAUUGUCAUGCAUGUGGCUCCAAAUCAUCCACUGCAUAUAAAGCUUCAUAACAGUGUUAUAAACACCCGUCUAUUUAGAAUUAGAGAAAAUCUGAUUAACAUUUAAGAACAACAGGAGGAAAAUAAUAGGAAACUAAUCAACAACAGGGUUGUGGAAUGCAGUCUAAUGUAAAGAAGUCAUAUUUCCCUGUAACAGCUGCAGUGUUUUUUUUCCUCUUAUACCACAGCAGCUUGCUAUUGCUAUAUAUAUAUAUAUAUAUAUAUAUAUAUAUAUAUAUAUAUAUAUAUAUAUAUACACACACUGUAUAAUGUCUCAUACAGAAACAAUAGCACUGGUAUUACACUUAGUGUCAACCUUUAUCCAUUACAUCACUUAUACAAUAUAAAGCCACAGCGACCGUGGGAACAAAACAAAACAGGUUAAGAAUACAUUUUCUUGGAUUUAGUCAUUAUUUUGAAUAGAAAUUAUUUAUUUCUCUUAGACAAUCUUGUAAAUACUGGGAAAAGAUGCUUAUAAAUGCUUAAGCAAUAAUAUAUUGAGUGUGAUCUGUGUUGCAUAUAAGUAUGUUAUAACAUCUUCUCACUUUGUGUUUCCUUUUGAGUUUUGUGGUGCAGUAAAAUGAUUCAAGUGACUGUUAAGUUAAUUGCACUUUCAAUAACAUCUAAUGUAACAGUAUAACUUAUGACUUAUAUGGAACUCGUGCCUUGUUGUCAUGGUAUUUUCUCUGAAUCUUUUAACCAUUUCUCAUGUGUUUGUAUUAUGUAAAUGCUAGGAUUUUUCAAUUAGGUGUAAAUAUCACAACCAUAAAGCGAAUAAUACACAAGAUCUUUUUUUCUCAUGACUUCAGCACGAUAUUAAAAUACAAUGAACACAUAAUUGUUUUUCAUGUGUAAUUGUUUUCAUAGUAAAAAUUGUUUUUUACUAUGAAAACAAUUAUUUUAAAAACUUCUUCGUUAUAAGCCUUUGAAAUAUUGCUGCAGAGCAUUGUGAUUUUUUGUUGCUGUUAUUGUACUUUGUACUUUGUGCUCUGUACCUAUUAAAAUAUAAAAUAUCACAGAAAAA